ACCAUUUGAUUUUGAAAGGGGGUGCAUGCAAGUAGAACGUUUGUAUUUAGUAGCUAUAUCACAAAUACAAUGAACGAAUAGAGUGAGGGUAAUUAAGGUUAUAUUAUUUUAUUAUGAGUACACCGCCUGUUUUUUUUAUUUUAAAUAAUAAGCAAAAUAUUUGAGCGCUUAUAUAGUUUAACUAGACCCCUUUGUCCUUCCUUUGUAUAUUCCAAAUUAUGUGGUGCCUUGUCUGCUGGUACAGUCGGUAUGGAGUCGCAGGUCAUCACUAACCCAGAGGAGAUCACCACCCUGUACAGGGAGCACAGCCGCUUUCCCUCCCUGUCCAAAGCCUGUGUUGGACCGGUGAUUACUUCCCAGUAUGGAGGCAAAUACAGCAACAUCUACACAGAAUGGAGCCAGCGGGAUUUGGAACGCAAUGAGAACGUCAAGUUCUGCAGGCAGUACAUCGCGUUCCACGACGACAAGUCCAUCGUCUAUUCUGGUCCGUCUGGAAACUGCACAGAGAUAAAGGGAGAGCUGCUGAGCAGAGACUCCCCGUCAGGAGCGAUGAAAGCUGUCAUCAGGGAGUGCAGCAACAAAGGAGAGGAGAAACAAUUUCUCGAGAUCUGGAGCAAGAACUGCAAAGUGAAAAGCAUCAAUCUGACAGGACUGAAGAAACAUGGCAAAGUCUUUGACGACGACCAGUUUGGAUGCCUGGUGUGGUCUCACUCGGAGACCCACCUCCUGUACGUGGCAGAGAAAAAGCGUCCGAAGACGUGCUCGUUUUUUGAGACGGAGUCCCCGGAGCUGAGUGGUCUGGGGGAUGAGGUGGAAACUCUGAAAGCCGACAAGAAAGACAGCGUCAUCAAGGGGGAGCAGUUUGUGUUCUAUGAAGACUGGGGGGAAACCCUGGUGAACAAGAGUGCUCCAGUCCUGUGUGUCCUUGACGUAGAAAGCAACAACAUCUCCGUGCUGGAGGGGGUCCCAGAGAACAUCUCACCUGGGCAGGCGUUCUGGGCUGCUAACGACACCGGGGUUGUCUUUGUGGGGUGGAGGCACGAGCCAUUCAGGCUGGGACUCAAGCACUGCCCCAAUAGAAGGUCCUCCUUGUUCUACGUGGAUCUCAGUGGUGGUAAAUGUGAGCAGCUCUCCUCGGACACGAAGGCGGUGUGCUCCCCCCGUCUCAGUCCGGAUCAGUGCCGGAUCGUCUACCUGGAGUGUGGAGUGUUCGGGCCCCAUCAGCAGUGCAGCCGGCUGUGCAUGUAUGACUGGUACACCAAAACGACGUCAACAGUGGUGGACAUCGUCAGUAGACCCAGAGAGGAUGGCUUCACUGGGAUCUACACCUCCUCCCUGCCUGGGUUCUGCUGGUCGGCUGACAGCCAGCGUGUCCUGCUGAACUCCCCUCAGAGAAGCAGGAAGGAGCUGCUUGUGGUGGACAUAAACACAGGGGCUGUGGAAUCCCUUACCGCCGGUUCAAGCAUGGGGAGCUGGACACUGCUGACCAUUGACCGGGACCUCAUGGUGGUCAGCUGCUCCUCCCCUAACUGCCCACCCAGCCUGAAACUGGGCUUCCUCCCGCCAGCGGGCUCUGAGGCUGUGAGCUGGGUCUCUCUGGAAGAGUCUGAGCCUAUCCCUGAGAUUGAGUGGAGAGUGCUGACCUUCACCUCUCCUCUUGAGCAAGAGAACCAGACAUACCCCGGCUUGAGUUACGAGGCUCUGUUCCUUAAACCGGCAAAAGCGAAAGAAGGAGAAAAGCUGCCUCUGAUUGUGAUUCCACACGGAGGCCCGCACUCCGUGUUUGUUGCGGAGUGGCUCCUGUCUCAGGCUGUCCUGUGUAAGAUGGGCUUUGCGCUGCUUCUGGUGAAUUACAGAGGCUCGAUCGGAUUUGGCCAGGACAGCGUCCUCUCUCUGCCUGGAAAUGUAGGAGACCAGGAUGUGAAGGAUGUGCAGUACUCAGUGGAGAGCGUCCUAAAGACGGAGUCGCUCGAUGAGCAGAAGGUUGCUGUGAGUGGAGGUUCGCACGGCGGCUUCCUGGCCUGCCACCUGAUUGGACAGUACCCCGAGUUCUACAAGGCCUGUGUGGCCAGGAACCCUGUUAUCAACCUGGCUUCCAUGAUCGGGAGUACAGACAUCCCCGACUGGUGCAUGGUGGAGGCUGGCUUUGACUACAGCACUGACGCACUGCCUGACCCUGCUGUCUGGGAGCAGAUGUUGAAUAAAUCUCCUAUCAGACAUACCCCUAAGGUAAAGACUCCUGUUUUACUAACUCUGGGAGAGGAUGACAAACGAGUUCCCAGCAAGCAGGGAAUUGAGUACUACCGUGCAUUGAAGGCGCUGGGAGUCCCUGUCAGGUUGCUGUGGUACCCCGGUAACAACCACUCCCUAUCCAAAGUGGACGCAGAGUCCGAUGGGUUCAUGAACAUCGCUCUCUGGAUCAGUCAGCACCUUAAACUGUGACCGCUGAAACCUUAAUGCUUUUACUUCCUUAUGCAUGCGUUUCAUAGACAUGCAUCCAAUAUAGCAGUGCCAAUACAUCACUACAGCACUUACUGGCUUCAUGUACUACAAAUGGGGGCUGAUGCCAGAAUCCCCUAAUGACCCAUGCACCCAACCCAGCAAACGUAAUACGGGCCGUGCAUGAAGUAGCAGUCAUGCUUUAUUUUAAGGGCCAUUUUUUAGUUUAUUAACUGUUAACGAAUAUUGUUAAUUUUUAGCUUAGGGUUAGGGUCAGGGAUAGGGUUAGGGAUAAUAAAAACCUGAUUUAAUAUCAUCAUAAUGAUCAUCCAUAGGGCUAUAGUGUUUGCAGUUUUAGCUGGCCUAUUAAAAUAAAGUGUGACCGAAAUAGCUCUUAAAUGGGCCAAAGGUUGUAUCCGAGUUCCUUACUUUUAAGUUUCAAACACUGCAGUUAAUUUCAAAAAGGAUAUCUUAAAAAAAAAAAAAAAAACAAAACCAUUUUGAAUUAUAAGGCAUGACUAGCCAUGUAAUUGCAUUGUAAUAUCAGGGUAUUGUAAAUGCCAAUGGUUGCUAACUGGAGUGUACAGUAGGUACAUGACAAUGACAUUUCCCUGGAAUGACACGCGUAUUCCACAAGUAGUUACCAUGUAAGAGCAGGAUCCAUUGGUAGUUACCCAGUUAUUACGUGUUAAUGUAUGCCCUGUAAUCUAAAGCACUUCCGUAACAUCUUUAUAACACUACAUUUUCACUAAGGGCACUUGCAGUUGCCUAAUUUAGAAUACUCUACUUUACUUUGGGCAUAUCUGGAAGCACAUAUUGUGUGUAUAGCUUGGAAGCAAGUGCAAAGAGAAAAGAUCUCAAUAUUCUCACUGUUAGUAAACUUUAUUGGGAACCAUGCAAGCUGUUUGUUGUAUUAACAUUUAUAAAAAAGUUCUUGUGUGGCUUCCAAAUAAGAUUAGUAGGGACUGAAGUCAUCUUCUGAAGUCAUCUGUACUGUCUGUGUUGAGCUUCUUGCUCUGACUCCCUCCCAAAGCCCUGCUGGAAGCCAAGGAUAAGUUUAGUGUUGUGGUCACCACUUCUUAACGACUUUAUGCUCUAAUUUAUCAGCAGAAUGUUUCAAACUAAACCAGAAGCAUUCCUUUGGGAACAUUUACAUACUGGCUUUUUUUGUACUACUAGGUGUAAAAAGCAGGUUGGUUUGGGUGCUUAUAUUGAUGUAUAUUACUUUGUUAAAAAAAGCUGUUCAUGUAAUUAUGAAAAAUGAUAAUAAACAGGUUAAUCUUUCACGCAAA